AUGUUUUUGCAUGGUGAUUUGCAUGAGAAAGUUUAUAUGGAGCAACCUCAUGGGUAUGUUGCUCAAGGGGAGAGUGCUCAGAAAGUUAAGUCUUACUUACAGCAGCAUUUCCAAAUGAAAGAUUUGGGCGCUCUUGGGUAUUUUCUUGGCAUUGAGGUUGUUCAAAGCAAGAAAGGGCUUAGAAUGUUAGGCGGCUAUAAGCCUGUAGAUACUCCUAUGGAUCCUAAUGUCAAAUUUGGGGCGUCUAAUGAGAAGGAAUUUGCCGACAAACACCAGUACCGGAGGUUAGCUGGCAAACUUGUAUAUCUAACUGUUACCCGACCUGAUAUAUCCUAUGUUGUUGAUGUGAUUAGUCAAUUUAUGGAAUCACCUAAGCAGGUUAUUGUACCUUUGACGAGGGCAAUCUUGUUACAUACUUACAUGGGUCAUGGAGGAGUAAAAAGCAUACUCACCGUCGGAUGA